CGGGAUUAGUUUUAUGCCUGUGAGGCUGUUGCAGAGGGAGUCGGGGAAUGCAGACAAAAUCACCAUACUGUGCUUGAGCUUGUUCCGGUUGGUCGACCGACUACGAGGAAAGACUUAAAAUGAACAGAAUUCGAAUACACGUUUUGCCGUCAAGUCGUAACAGAAUGACCCAGGGACCCAGACCUCAGGAGCCCCAGGCCUGCUCUUUUGCCCAGCGACCAUGUUCCCAGCCUCGCCUCGAGGGUCUUGAAUUCUGUAUCAAACACAUUCUGGAAGACAAGAACGCACCGUAUAAGCAUUGUAGCUAUGUCUCUGCCAAGAAUGGCAAGCGCUGCCCCAAUGCUGCCCCGAAAGCUGAGAGGAAAGAUGGAGUAACGUUCUGUGCAGAGCACGCUCGCAGGAAUGCAAUAGCUCUUCGAGCUCAGAUGAGAAAGACAUCUUCUGGUCCUUCACCAGAGGCUCUGUUGUCUCAGCUCAGUGGCUACAACCGUGCAGAAACGCACGGUUUUGACGGAGGACACUCUGAAACUAGUCGUAUUCUGGAUGAGGACAGUCUUAGUGAGGAAGAGCAGGGACCUUUUGUAUUGGACCAGACGUGGAGAGGUGAUCCUGACAGCGAGGCUGACAGUAUUGACAGUGAUCAUGAGGAUCCUCUAAAGCAUGCAGGAGUUUACACAUCUGAGGAAGUGGCAUUGAUCACUCGAGAAAAACUUAUUAGGCUCCAAUCCCUCUACAUUGACCAGUUCAAACGUCUCCAGCACUUGCUCAAAGAGAAGAAACGCAGAUACCUGCAUAAUCGUAAAGUGGAGCAUGAAGCCCUAGGAAGCAGUCUGCUGACUGGGUCUGAAGGUCUGUCCAUGAAGGAACGAGAGAACCUAAAAAAGCUCAAAGCUCUACGCCGAUACCGUCGUCGGUAUGGUGUAGAGGCCUUGCUGCAUCGCCAGCUCAGGGAGAGAAGGCAGGCUGUUACAGAAGGACCUUCACAGCUCUAUUCAAGAACAGAAAACGAAAAAUGCAUUUCCUUUGUGGAGGGAACCAGAUGUACCAAUUCCUGUCUCCCAAUGGCCCGACACUGUGUCUCUCACAUCUAUCAGGACAGCAAUCAGCCUGAGCAAGAACCUCCACCACAGCAGCAGUUCACCCCUGCAAGUAAAGACCUGUAUCUGAGUGCAGCAGAGCUUCAGCCCACAGAGAGUCUUCCCCUCGAAUUCAGUGAUGACCUGGAUGUUGAAGGGGAUGGUAUGCAGGGUCCCCCAUCCCCUCUGCAAUUUGACACAGCCCUUGCCUUGGAGGAUCAGACCAUCAGAGCCAUUGCUGAGGCCCCAAUGGACAUCCUGACAGGAGAGGACCCAGACCAGGACAUGGACACCUCUGGACAUGACCUUUCAGAGCGAGAUGUUGAUGCCAUCAUGGAUGACCAGGUCGUUUCAGAGGUGGCCGGACGUGAAGGCAAUGCCAUUGACAAUUCGCUUCAAGACAUCGACAGUGGAACAGUUGAUGCUCCUUGAUGAAGUCCCUCAAAGAAAGCCUAGUUAUAUAAUUAUAAUUUACCCCCAGUUACGGCUAAAUGUAGUUGUAGCUGGUGCAGAGUUUGUCACUUGAGAGCUGAUUCUCUUCACCUGAAGAGACAUGUUUGUCCACUCUUAAAAUGCCAGAGUUGAAAAUAAAGACGAAAUGACAAAAAAAACUGACUGAAGAAAUCCCUUACAGUGUCUGCUACAACUCCUUUCAAGCUAGCAAGCACCAUUUAAAGACACAAAUGUUUUUUGGUUUACUCAUAUACUGGACUUUAAUUAACAUUAACAUUCACUUGGUCAUUAAAGGAACCCUUAUGAUUGAUGUAGCUCUAUAAAAUUUCAUGUAAUUUAUGACAGGCUUUUCUAACAUUUACCAUUUCUUG